AUGUUCUGCAGCACUCAUGCCUGGCUUUGCGUCGGAACGCUGCUGGUCAUCAGUUGCCCACGGUGCGCCCUGGGCGGAGGGUAUCCCUGCACGCCCGUGCCACGAGGGCGGCCACCUGCCAAAGGCACUUGCGUCGGCGACGUGGCACUGCUCCAGAGCUUCUUGCGCGUGGAGCCGCAGCCCAGACCCUGGGGCACGGGCGAAGCCCCUUCGGCAGAUGCCCUGAGCCUGGAGGCGGUCGCCGCCGCGGCGGUGCCUCCUGCCAAUCACACCAGGACCCUGGAGCAGGAGCACCGGUCCCAUGUCGGGCGCGGGUCGGCGAACUUCGCGCUGAUCUGCUUUGCGGCCUUCCUGCUCGUGGUGCUUUCCGUCGUCAUGUGCGUCCUCGUGAGCAAGCUGCACACCCCCGAGCCAUCGAAGGAGAAGCCGAAAGUGAACAAACCGACCAGGACUGUCACCAUGCUGUCGACUCCGAGUAUGUCCAUGCGCUCGGAGUGCUCCGUCCACUCUUUCGGCUCCAUCAAGCCUGCUGGCAGGCAGCUGUCGGACAGGAUCUGCGGGAGGAGUGCCAGUACGAUCUCCGUGCCAGGUGCAAGGAUGAUCGAACGAAGCUCCACGAGCUUCGGGAUUGACGGUGCAAGGGGGCAGCGUCCCCCGAGCUUGGCGAUGGUGCAGCGAGUUUCUUCCCAGCAUCCAGGCCAGAACCCGAUCGAGAGUCAGAGCAAUCUCAGUCUCAGUUUUGACGGGAACAACCGUAAGUCAUUUGCCGAUGGCGUCUUUCCAGUUGCCGCUCACGGAGACUGCAACUUCGUUGUGCCGGUGGACACGCUAGUGGAAUCGGCUGGAGGGGGCACGUUCUCUAUUACGGACGCGACCAGCAAGACGAUGUGGCGCGUGGCCAUCGAAGAGAGCAAGGACAGCCUUCGAAGCCUGCGGAUCUUCGUCGGCGAGGGCUCGACGAUCCCUUCCAUGACUGUGUGCCCGGCGAGCAGCCCCGGCCUGCAGAUCCUGAACGCCACUGGCCAGCUCUUCGGCAGGCUGGUGCUGCAGCCGAACGGCUCCUUCGUCGUGGUCACGGCCGAUCAGCGGCAGCUGCUCGUCAUCGAGGGGAACGAAGUCAACCUGGAUCUCCGCAUAUUCUCGUGUGACGGGCGGCCCAUGGCGGCCAUCUCCUGCAGCGAGGCGGCCUCCGCCGCGGGCGUGGAGCAGAUCGAGUUCCGGGUGCUGCCCGGCGUGGACCCGGUUCUCGUGAUCUCUUGCAUCCUCUCCGUGCUUCUCCUCGGCAGCGAUGACGACGAGAAGUGUAUGCUGGCCGUCGUCGAGCUCGAGCCUCGCAGGCGGAAGUCUGCGAUGGCUGUGCCCGCGGGAUCCGGCAGUGUGCCGUGCGCGGAGCCCUACGGCGCCUGGCGGCAGCGGCGUGCGGCCGCCUUCCUGGAGCACGGCGGGCCCGCCGCGGAUGGGCGCCGGCACCCACAGCCGGCGACUGACGUGACAGCCCGUCAAGAUCACCAGCAUUCACCGCGCGCUCCCUCAUCAUUCAGGAAGCUGUCGGCAGAUGAGGAAAAGGAUCUCGAGGAGAAGGCGUCCAAGCAGGGAGCCGCCGCCGUCGUCCAGUGGGCCAAAGACCCGGCCGGCACCCGCCACGCUCUUUGGCGGGUGACGAGAAUCAGGGGCGACGUCAGGAUGGGAUAG